CCCCCUCCGUCUCUUCCUCCCGCCCUCCAACCCGUACCCGUGUCCCAGUAAAGCGCUUUGAGCUCCGGGACUCGUCCUAGUAGCCUUACGCCGUCAGAUGGAAACAUGGCGACAGAGUUCCAUAACCUCCAAGAGUUGAGGCACAGUGCAUCUCUGGCCAACAAGGUGUUCCUGCAGAGAGACUACAGUGAAGGGACCACCUGCCGAUUCCAGACCAAGUUCCCUUCUGAGCUGGAGAGCAGGAUUGAGCGGCCGUUGUUUGAGGACACAGUGAAGAGGUUGAAUAUCUACUAUGCGGAGGCAGAGAAGAUGGGAGGCCAGUCCUACCUGGAGGGAUGUCUGGCCUGCGCUACAGCCUACCUCAUCUUCCUCUGUAUGGAGACGCGCUAUGAGAAGGUGUUGAAGAAGAUAGGCAGAUACAUCCAGGAGCAGAAUGAGAAGAUCUACGCCCCCCGAGGUCUACUCAUCACUGACCCCAUCGAGAGGGGCAUGAGGGUCAUAGAGAUCUCGAUCUAUGAGGACCGAGGCUCCAGUGGCUCCUGCUCAGGUUCCAGCUCUACGUCCGGCAGCAGUGCUCGGUGACCGGGUACUUGUCACCUCCUCACCCCCCCCCCCCCCACCGGUCCCUGGAACGCUACACACAACCGCGGUGUUUGGUGACUGGGUCCACGGCACCUCUACCCCCCUGAUCUCUGGAGCUCUACAACCCUGGUCCCUUAGAGAACCACCCCGACAGCAGUGCUUUUUGGACUGGGUAUGCCUCACCUACCGCAACCACAACGGCCCUGACCGUAACAAACUUGAGCUAACCGACCGAACACUCGAUCGCAACUGAACCACAUGGACCGGAGCAGAUCAAGCCGAAUCUAUCAACGUUGGGAAUACUGAUGAUUUAUAAUUGCAUUUUGGUUACGUCCCAAAUGGCAGCUUUAUCGGGCCCUGGUAAAAUUUAAUAAAAAGACACUAUAUUGGGAAUAGGGAGCCAUUUGGGACUCCUAUAGUGCACUAGUUUGGGGCUUUGGUUAAAAGUAGUGCACUGUAUGGAGGAUAGUAGUGUACAAGAUAGGGAAUAGGCUGUCAGUUGACAUGGAACCGUGAUGGACUACUACACACCUACCUGCCUGCCUGUAUUCAUUCGUGCACAUCGUAGUGAAACGUUUUAACCAGGGAAAACAGUUCUUAUUGGGCAAGUUUCAGGUAGUCCCUCUACUGAUCCAGUUUGUUUUCUGCCGUUUGGUGUCUUGUGAAUAGGCCCACGACCCAGACAUGUACUGUAGGAGAUCUAGGGUACGGCCCAAAUGGCACCCUAUUCCCUAUAUAGUGCACUGAUUCUGACCUGGGCCCUAGUAGUGCACUAUAUAGGGAAUAGGGAGCCAUGUAGCACUACACAGCUCAGCGGAGAUGUGAACCACAUGGAUGGGCUGAAAGUAGCAAACAGAUGAAUGUAGCUCGUUCCAUCCAGAGACAUAUAUUCUAGCCUCUAUAAAUGGCUCUGGUACCAUCCACUGGUCAGUGUCAUAAUGCAGCUUGGUAUCAAACACUCCACAACCCAGCUAACCUCUUGUCUUGAAGCACCAGCUCUCCUAGAUCAUGAUUAUGCAAAUACACAGCUACCUGUCUAGACGAUGUAGCAUCCUGUAACAGUGUUCUUCAGUCCUGGUGUUUUAGUGCUGGUCUGGAACAAAAGCCUGCACCAGGACUCUGUAAAAUAAAGUAAUGAACAAUUCUUCCUGCACGUGCACAAACACUUCCUUCCUUUUUUGCUACACAAACCCUCCUCCAAAGAACCAUAAACUGCCACAAACCCUCCUCCAAAGAACCAUAAACUGCCACAAUGUAAUUAUUUCCUGAUGUGAAGUGUCUGCCUUUUUAUUUUAAAUCUGGGACAUGUUUAUGCAAAAGUAGAGAACUGGAACCUUCAUAAUGCUUGUUGUUGUUUGAUACUCAUGAUCAGAAGAACUUUAAUAAAUAACUGCUGCUCUUCCAUCGCUCCAUUUUAA